UUCUAGGUUAAUGCAAUGCUUCAACCAUCGAAAAAGUCUACGACUUCCAAAACUAGUCAGUAUAAACGCGACGUGAAGCUGAUGCAGGAAAUGGAACAAGAAACGACAAAAAUUCUGAGUCCAUUAUUUAACGAUACGGUUUGGCUAAAUAGAGCGUACUUGAUAUUGAAGGGACAGGAUUUACAAGAAAAUGAAGGGCGUUUCAAAACUUUAGUGUUGGUACUGAAUGGACGAGUCAAGCAUUUGUUAAAGCUUUCGUUCGAUGUCGGGACUUUGCAUACUACCAAAAUCUUCAGUCAUAUACUUGAGUUGGACGCCUUAAUUAGGGAAGUAAUGGAACUUCCCCGCACUCCGUCUCUGGACCACUUUCAGUCGUUUGCUAAAGGCAUAUUGUUCCGCAACAUUGGCGAUACGUUUCUUCUCCUUCACAAUACAGAAAAAGGAAGUAAGGUGUACGAGGAAUUGGCAUGUGCCAGUUACGCGAUCGCAUAUGAUAUUUUUUACAAAGCAUCACCUGUAUCACCUCUGCUUGCUGCUAUCUUUGUGCUUGAGACGUUCGUACUGCAUACAUUUCUUCAACAUUUUAAUACGGUCAAAUUAUCCAACUGCACGACACAAAUGGUUGGAGAACGUUUGUAUGCUGCAUGUAACGGUGUUGCUGCAUCGCGUUCUAAAUCAUUCAUGGUUUCAAUAAAUUCGAUACCAAACACUCAUGAAACGCAUGGUAUAGAACAGAACAAAAUCAGCAGAUUGAUUAUUUUGGCGGAUAAAAACGAUUUUCUGAUUAACCUGUUAUGGUUGUUAGCUUACAAUAGUGAUAUGCGUGAAAACGCUUGUUUUUUGGAUCUUUUCCUGAAAAAUAUACCCGCCGAGACAUCUGAUGAUGAUCUUCAAUCAUUUACAUUGUCAUCACUUAGCAGGAUUGAUGCAAAAGUGCUGCUGUUAGGAGCAGCAAAAUGGUCAGAGCUGUGCACAUGUCAUGUACAAAAAUAUGGUACUCCCAGUUCGGGUAUUUUGCCACCUUUAGCAUUUACACAACCUAGUUAUAUGGUGCUGAAUUUCUGGAACCUACUGGUGUCUUUCAUUAAUAAGGAAGGACGGAUUAGUCGUUCAAGUCAGCUGUGCUCUGAGAAUGGAUUAAUAAUAGCAGCUUUGGAAGCGUCUAGAUUGCGUGGUGAAAUUCCUGAUUUGCGGAUUGUUGACUGUAUUCGCAAAUGGCUUGUUGCUAAUGGGAAUGCAUUGGGUGAUAGAAAAGGAAACUGGACCAAACUGUACUCUCGAGUAUUUAUGGAUCUCAUCAAUGGGGCUCAUUAUGCAAAUCAAGGUGUCUCAACAGAGGAUUCAUUUUUUCCAUCGCUAAAUGAUUCGGAUUGUAAUAUGCUUGAUGAUGCUGAAAAAUGGUUUUCUCCUCAGGAUUCAUCUGCUUCUCAUAACUACUCAAAGAGUGGUCUAAUUUUGGACGAUUCUCGGGAAUUAAGACAGGUCGAUGUUUCGUCUACCAGUCUAACAGAAUCUAUAAACAAUGCGUCUAUUAAACCGAAGAGCUUUUUACAACGCAUAUGUACGUCAGCAAAAAUUAUACUGCCUGGUGAAUACAGUGAUUCAGUCACUUCUAUUUGUGCAUCUAAAAAUGAUAACAUUAGAGCGCUGGAACUAUUAAGCAAGGAUUAUGAAACGAGGUGCAGAAAUGAAGCAUCUACAAGCCUCAAAUUAAAUGACUUGUGGUCUGCCACAAAGGCGAGCAAAAUCGAAGAGAAUUUGUACGCAGAAAUCAUUAAAAUGCAGAACGAGCAUGCAUGGGAUGUUUGCAGGCUCGUACAAACAAUAAAUUCGUUAGAAGAAGCGGUAAAGCAGUAUGCAAGACAGUAUGCGACUGAUUUAGCCAUGUAUACUUCAAAAGCCUAUAAGCAAGGUUAUGAUGAUGGAUAUUGCUCAGCUCUGCAAACAAAUAAUACUUUCACGAGGCUGAUAGAGUCGACUAAUGAACAUGCAAUUUCACCGACAACACAGAAAACAGACUUUUCAGAGGACCAGGUUCAGAAGGCUUUGGACGUUGAACAUUCACAUGAUCCUAAAGAAUGCAUCGGUUGCGCUUCUGAAGAAGAACAAGAUCGAUGUUUGAGGAUAUUGGAUAGCUUAGCCGACAGUGAUUUUGUUUGAGAAUCAGGUGGAAUUUGGUGCUUUUCGAAGAAAAAUAUUUGUGAAGUUGUUGAUCUCGCUGUAAUUUUGAUCGAACUAUCAUGAAUAUUGUAUCCUGACGGCAUUUGCUUCUAAAGUUCAGAUGUCAUGUUUCUUCAGGGUGAUUUCUUCUGGGAUUUCAAAUUAUUUACUUUCUUUUUAAUUUCGAACUUUAUGGUAUGGAAUAUCUCUACAUCAAAUUCAGUGGAUUUAAUUGAAAUAAUUACCAUUGUAGCAUCAUUGGUUUUGCAUUUUCUGUUCUGUAGUUUCAAAUAGUAUUGUACCACUUGUUAUGAUUUUCAUUUCCGCUUUGAUUUUAUGAAACCAUUAAGUGAAAAACUGCGUUGAAUGUCCAGUAGUUUUCGAGUACCAUGAACAUUUCGGUGGAGUCCUUGUAAAUGAGCUGUUUACUUUUUUUUUAUGAUAUUGAUAAAAUACAUAUGAUAUGCG